AGUUUCGAUUUCCAGCGCUAGCCGGCGGGCGGGGAGGCUUUUUCAUAGGGACUCCUUGGAAAAUCCCCACCGCGUUCAUCCCGGGAGAAUUUUUGGGAGCCAGGACGCUCAUAGAUCCCGGGGAGCCACAGAAUGACAGCCGAGCAGCGGCAGAAUCUGCAAGCAUUCAGGGACUAUAUCCAGAAGAUUCUGGACCCCACCUACAUCCUCAGCUACAUGGGUCCCUGGCUCCAGGAUGAUGAAGUGCAGUGCAUUCAGGCUGAGAAGAACAACAAGGGCCCAAUGGAGGCCGCCUCACUGUUCCUCCGGUACCUCUUGGAGCUGCAGACAGAGGGCUGGUUCCGGGCCUUUUUGGAUGCCCUGUACCAUGCAGGUUACUGUGGACUUUGUGAAGCCAUUGAAAGUUGGGACUUUCAAAAAAUUGAAAAUUUAGAGGAACACAGAUUACUUUUAAGACGCUUAGAGCCAGAAUUUAAGGCCACAGUUAGCCCAACGGAUAUUCUUUCUGAAGUAUCCGAGUGUCUGAUUAAUCAGGAAUGUGAAGAAAUCACACAGAUCUGCCUCACUAAAGGGAGGAUGGCAGGUGCGGAGAAGAUGGCCCAAUGUCUGAUCAGAUCCGAUAAGGAGAACUGGCCAAAGGUUUUGCAACUGGCUUUAGAGAGAGACAACAACAAGUUUAGUGAACUGUGGAUUCUCGAUAAAGGUUUCAAAAGGGUUGGGAGUACGGCUGUUGAGGAUGAUGGAGUGGAAAUAUCCAGCAUACAGAUUUUCAUUCAGGAAGAGCCAGAAGGUCAGAAUCUCAGUCAGAACUCCUGGCCUCCUUCAGAAAUGUCUUCUAACGAUUUACACAGCCCAUUGAAGCCAAGGAAUUACCAACUGGAGCUUGCCCUGCCUGCCAAGAAAGGGAAAAAUACAAUAAUAUGUGCUCCUACUGGUUGUGGAAAAACCUUUGUGUCGCUUCUUAUAUGUGAACAUCAUCUUAAAAACUUCCCACACGGACAGAAAGGGAAAGUGGUCUUUUUUGCCAACCAAAUCCCUGUCUUUGAACAGCAGGCUACUGUGUUCUCUCGAUAUUUUGAAAGACUUGGGUACAACGUUGUGGGCAUUUCUGGGGCAACAACUGAUAACGUCUCAGUACAGCACAUCAUUGAAAACAAUGACAUCAUCAUCCUGACACCCCAGAUUCUUGUGAACAAUCUCAACAAUGGAGCCAUCGCCUCCCUGUCUGUCUUCACUCUGAUGAUAUUUGAUGAGUGUCAUAACACCAGCAAACACCACCCUUACAAUCAGAUCAUGUUCAGAUACCUAGACCACAAACUUGGAGGGUCUCCGGAUCCAUUGCCUCAGGUCAUUGGGCUGACUGCCUCAGUUGGUGUUGGAGAUGCCAAAACCGUGGAGGAAGCCAUGCUACAUAUCUGCAAACUCUGCGCCGCCCUUGAUGCCUCAGUGAUUGCCACAGUCAGAGACAACGUGGAAGAACUGGAGCAGGCUGUUUAUAAGCCCCAGAAAAUUUCCAGGAAAGUGGAAUCACGGACUUCGAACACGUUUAAAUGCAUCAUAUCUCAGCUGAUGAAGGAGACAGAGAAGCUGGCAAAGAAUGUCUCUGAGGAGCUCGGAAAGUUAUUUCAAAUUCAAAAUAGAGAAUUUGGCACCCAGAAAUAUGAGCAGUGGAUUGUCGCCGUUCACAAAGCGUGCACAGUGUUUCAGAUGCCAGACAAGGAGGAAGAGAGCCGGACCUGCAAAGCGCUCUUUCUGUACACGUCACACUUGCGGAAAUACAACGAUGCUCUCAUCAUCAGCGAGGAUGCACAGAUGAAAGACGCUCUAAAUUACCUCAAAGCCUUCUUCCAUGAUGUCCGAGAAGCAGCGUUUGAUGAGACUGAGCAAGAUCUUACUCGGAGGUUUGAAGAAAAACUGGAGGAACUAGAAAAAGUUUCCAGGGAUCCCAGUAACGAGAACCCUAAACUAAGAGACCUCUACUUGAUCUUACAAGAAGAGUACCACUUAAAGCCAGAGACGAAGACCAUCCUCUUCGUGAAGACCAGAGCACUUGUGGAUGCUCUGAAGAAAUGGAUUGAAGAAAACCCUGCACUGAGCUUUCUAAAGCCUGGCAUACUGACUGGACGUGGCAGAACAAACCAGGCAGCAGGAAUGACGCUCCCAGCACAGAAGUGUGUGCUGGAGGCAUUUAGAGCCAGUGGAGAUAACAAUAUUCUGAUUGCUACCUCGGUCGCUGAUGAGGGCAUUGACAUUGCUGAGUGCAAUCUCGUCAUCCUGUAUGAGUACGUGGGCAACGUCAUCAAGAUGAUCCAAACCAGAGGCAGAGGAAGAGCACGAGAUAGCAAGUGCUUCCUCCUGACCAGCAGCGCUGAUGUGAUUGAAAAAGAAAAGGCAAAUAUGGUCAAGGAAAAAAUAAUGAAUGAAUCUAUUUUAAGACUGCAGACAUGGGAUGAAAUGAAAUUUGCAAAGACAGUUCACCGCAUACAGCUGGAUGAGAAGUUCCUCAGAGACAGUCACCACAAACCACAACCUGUGCCCGACAAAGAGAACAAGAAGCUGCUGUGUGGAAAGUGCAAGACUUUUGCAUGCUACACGGCCGACAUUCGAGUGGUUGAGAAAUCCCACUACACUGUACUUGGAAAUGCUUUUAAGGAGAACUUUGUGUGUAAGCCACACCCUAAACCAAAGAUCUAUGAUAGUUUUGAGAAGAAAGCAAAAAUAUUCUGUGCCAAACAGAACUGCAGCCACGACUGGGGAAUUUUUGUGAGAUACAAGACGUUCGAGAUUCCAGUCAUAAAAAUUGAAAGUUUCGUUGUGGAAGAUAUUGCCAGUGGAGUUCAGAACCGGCACUCGAAGUGGAAGGACUUUCACUUUGAAAGAGUACAGUUUGAUCCCGCAGAGAUGUCCAUAUGACCUCGGGCUCCUCAGUCUCCCGCUACUGGGAGCAACGCCUUAAGUGUGGAAGCGAUGAGUCCACAUUUUCCUACCCAAGCUUGCACAAUCCUUUCCUACCCAAGCUUGCACAAUCCUUUCUUACACAAGCCUGCACUGUGUUGAAUGCCAGAUAACCUGACCUGCUUGUUCUAAGCCAUUUCUGUCCACACAGAGCACACACGCAUGAACUGAAUACUUUGUUCACCAAUAACUCAUAGCACUUGGCAGUGGUGGGGAGGGGUUGAAGAAUUUCCCUUAUACACUUUUUGGAACUGCCUGCCAGGGAAUGCGCAGCCACUCCGUACACCGAGACGCAUGAUGGCUGGCGUGCUGGAAGGUUUCCCACACUGCCCUCUUUGCUUGACCUGCUGUAAGCUGCCUUUUGCCCUCAACAGUCCACUGACUUAGUUCUUUUCCAGGCCACCUACUGACUGCCAGAUCCAGCAGCACUUCUGUCCCUCGCUGACUCCUUUCCUGAUUUGGCCCUGCCACCCUGUCACCCUUUGCAGAUUCUCCUGGUUUCUGUCUCUUCCCAGUCUUUUCCAUUGGUUUCUUUGCUGACACAGAUUUGGUGAUUGCAAGGUUCAAUAUGCACACACAUAUGUAUUAAAAUGACAUAUACUUUUAAAAUGUAAAAGACUAGGGUUGACAGCUACGAUUACGGAGAAGGUAUUUCUGUUCGGUUCAUUUACUAUACACCUUUCUCUCAUCUGUUAUUUUAAUUUUGGCCAUUUCCCCUUCUUGAAUAGACAUCUCAAACUAUCUCUCUGCCUGUAUGCCUAUCUGUAUGUCCGUCCCCCACCUGUUUGAGACAGGCUCUCUCUGUAGACCAGCAACUCGAUAUCUAGACCUUGAACUCACAGAUCCCCUUGCCUCUCCAGUGCUGAAAUUAAAAUCUCUCACCGUGCCAGGCUCUAGAUACUUUCAAUAAAGGCCGAUGUUUAACAUUUGAA